CCUGUCCGGGCGCGAGGAAGAGGCGCUUCUUUUCGGCCUCUCGCGUGUCGCAAGAUGGCGGCGGCUGAGGCGGCUUCGGGCUUCCUGGGCUUCGGGCCCGGCUCCCGCAACCCGGCCCUGCCCCGCUCCCGGCGGGCCGGUGGGAAGGGAGCCCGGAACCGCAAGAAGGGCUGGAAGCGCUGGCGGGGGCCGGAGGCCAAGCUGGGCCGGGAGCUGGAAGAAUGGCUGGACGAGAAGGCGGCCGAGAUGCGCCACUUGGGAGGCCCAGUGUCGGAGAAGCCUGACGAAAGCUUGUUCUUUGUGGAUACUGGGAAUGAUGAGAAAGACCUCAAACAGAACCGUGCCAAAGAGAAACCGUUGAAGGUCGACUUGAUCCUGCAGAUCGAUUCCAAAGUGCCUCCCCCCAAAGACAUCCUGGCCUACCAGGUCCCCAACGCCAAGAAGAUGAAGCGGAAGCAGCGGCUCUGGAAGAAGCUGGCCGAGAAGGGGGUGAUGCCUCGGAAAGAGCGGCUCCUCCAGGAGAGGUUGCAGAAAGCACCAACGGAAGCUACUUCACCGGAAGCCAGUGGCAACUCUAGUCCCUCCAGGGCAUUCUACGAUAUCUGGUCCGACUCAAAUCCGCUGGAUGGAGUCCUAGCUGGGAAGGACAUCUGGUUCUUGGAGCAGACCAAAAAGCAGCCAGUGAAGCGCCCAGCCAGGCUGUUGAAGACUCCGUCGCAGCUGCCAGCUGUGGAGGUCAUCGCCCCCGGAGGGUCUUACAAUCCCAGCUUCCAAGCUCAUCAGGCUCUGCUCCUCCAGGCCCACGAGAUUGAGCUAAAGAGGCAGAAGGCACAGGAGAAGCUGGCCGGCCAGCUCCGCUUCCCUGCGGCAGACGAGGCCCCUACUCAGGAGACGAUCUUCCAGGAACAGUGCGAGGGGCUUCUGGAGGAGGACAACUCUGGCAACGAGGAAGAGCGUGGGGGGCCGUCGAAGCCGGAAGGGGAGGAGCCUCAGGCAGGCUCCGGUCCGGCUCCCCCUUUGCCUGCUGCAGUCGCAGGAGAGAAGAAGACGGAGAGGCAGAGGAAGAAGGAGAAGGAGGCCAAGCGGCUGAGAGCCCGGGAGCGGAGCGAGAAGGCGGCGCGGCUUCGGCGCCAGGAGGUCUUCCGGCUGCACUCCAUCCGGCUGCAGGUGAAGCGCUGGGAGGCGGAGCUGCUGCGGCGGAAGCGGGCCCGGGAGGCCAGGCGGGAGGCCGAAGCUGACAAGCCCAAGCGGCUGGGCAAGCUGAAGUAUGAAGACCCGGAUCUGGAUUUGCAGCUGAGCUCUGAACUGGCCGAGUCUCUGAGGACACUGAAGCCCGAGGGGAGCAUCCUAAAAGACCGUUUCAAGAGCCUGCAGAAACGCAAUCUCAUAGAACCCAGGGAGCGUGCAAAGUUCAAGAGGAAGUACCGUGUGAAGUACGCUGAAAAACGGGCCUUCCGAGCGAUCACGUUGUAGAGCCUGGAUCACACCGUGGCGUUCCGGGAACACCUCUUAGGCCUUUUCUGUUUCAUUAAAAAAAAGAAAAACACCAUAAGCCAGA